UCACUUCCGUAAGCCAACCUUCGAACGGGCGGAGUGUGUUUCGGUGAGAAUACAAACACAAGUGGAUUCUUACAUUUAUUAGAGCAGUUUCGUUUUAUAAAUUUAUUCCUUAGUUGGAAAUUAACAAAGAGGCAACCAUGAGCAAACAGUGUGCAAAGUGCACGAAAACCGUGUUUCCAGUGGAGGAACUGAAAUGUUUGGACAAGGUAUGGCACAAGGGAUGUUUCCGGUGUCAGGUGUGCGAGAUGACACUUAACAUGAAGAAUUAUAAAGGAUAUAACAAAUUGCCUUACUGCAAUGCGCAUUACCCUAAGACGACACACACAGUUGUGGCAGACACUCCAGAGACCAGAAGAAUUGCGGAAAACACAAAAAUCCAGAGUAAUAUACAAUAUCACAAAGAUUUUGAGAUGUCGAAGGACCAAUUUACACCGGUAGUGGAUACUCCAGACCUUAAAAGAGUUCGGGACAACACCAAGAACAUUAGCUUGGUAGAAUAUCAGAAAGAGUUUACAACUCAACGUGGAACGUGUAACCAAAUAUGUGACACCGUUGAAAUGAGAACUCACUUUCGAAAUACUGACAAUUUCAGUACGAUUAAAUAUCAUGCAGAAUUUGAGAAAUCAAAAGGUGCUAAGAUUUCAAUUGCUGAUGAUCCAGAGACAAAGCGUGUGCGGAAAAACAUGGAGACCAUCAGCAACAUCAGUUACCAUGGAGACAUACAUAAGAGAAACCAAAUGGAAAUGAACCGCCCAGUUGAACAGGAAGCUAAUCAGGGGCAGGGUAGACGUCGUCCCGGGAGCACUGGUGACUAUGAUCCUCGUGGACGCCAGCCUGGGAGUAUAAGUGACUACGAUCCAACUGCAAAUCAGAUGGGAACACCAUACUCCCAGCGCCAGUCACAAGGCACGGCCGUGUACGACUCCCGAACUGGAGUAGUGUAUGAGAAUCCAAUGGCGUACCAGGGGGGUAACCCCCAAUACCCGGGGAGCGGGGCUCCCCAACAACAAGGGGGUAACGCCCCCGCUUAUACAGUAUGGCAACCUUCAAGCGCUCGGGUCGUUCAAAAUGGAUCACAUGGCAGAAAAGUUGGAUCAAUUUCUGAUUACGAUCCUGUAAAUGAGAAAUAUGGUUCCAUUGCUGGGCAAUACUCUGGGCACCAACAACCACAACAACUUCCUCCUCCACCACAACAGGAAGACCCUAUUCCUCAAUACAACCCUGUUGAGGUACUCCCUGGUAAGUUGGUUUACAGUAAUUCUCAUUUUAAAUUAGAAGAAGACCCUAUUACUAACACCCCUUCUGUUACAAUGGAUGAGGAAAUUCCCACAACUACCACCCCAUCCAUCACAACUGAUGAGGAACAAGUUAGUACCACUCCCACUGUCCCUCCUGUCCCUGAAGACAGUGUUGACACUGAGAAAGAUGCGAUUAGUGCUCAAGAAGAGGAUCCGAAAAUGGAAAUUCAUUUUGCCACACCUGUAAUGAUGACCAAAACACCCACCAAUCUACCAAUGUAUACCUCUCCACCAACUGUGGAUAAUGAUAUACCUCCAGCGUAUGACCCUCCUCCUCCUCCAACUGAGGACAGUUUCACUCCAUCGGAUGACUUCAAAUUACCAGCUUCUUCCGACAACGUGACAGGGAGUUCUCAACCCCAGCAAGCGCGUCAACCUGCAUAUCAGCCACCACAGCAACAACAACAGCAGCCAUACCGACCACCUGGUCAACCCCAAAGAAACCAGGUGAAAUAUGUAGCCCUGUAUGACUACACUGCAGCGGACGACGACGAAGUCUCUUUCCGUGAGGAGGAUUUCAUCAUCAACUGUGAAAUUAUUGAUCCAGGAUGGAUGGAGGGUACAGUGGAGCGGACAGGUCAACGUGGCAUGCUCCCCUCAAAUUAUGUGGAAAAGACCUCAAGCUAAAAUCAAAUGUACCUCUUGUUUCUAUUGUUCCCUUUUCACUAUGCUUUAGUCUCUGUUCUGUCAAUCUAAAACUGUCUGGAGGAAAAAAAAAAAAAAAAAAAAAUAGAAAAAAAAAUUUUUUUCUUUUUUUUUUUUUUUAAUAUUUUAGCAUUGGUUAUUACCAACUGCUCUAGAUGCUAUAUGUACAAUUUUUUUUAUUCAAACUGAUGUCAUUUUAUGUCUUAUUUUAUGUUAUUUUGUGUAUUUACAUUUGCCCAUCACACGUACCUACACAUGACAUUUGAUCACUCCAAAUCACAUACGGGGAUUGAUUGUAUGCUCUGUGUAGGUAUAUUUAUUAUCCUGUGAUGAAGAGAUGUUAUUGUUUAAAAAUCAAUGGGUUGAUUGUGCAAACAGUAGGUAUAAAAAUAAAAAAGGAGUUUGUCAUUGAUUCGAUUAGACAAACAGGUUUAUCUUGGAAAUACUAUUAAUGUUAUAGAUAAGGAAAUAAAACGGCUUUGCUGUACUGUAUACGAAACAAGAUUGUCCUGUAUUUGCUGUUAUCAUCUUUGUGACAUUUUUUUUUUUUUUUAAAUUCUGUUUAUUUUGGAUGAUGUUACUUAAUUAUCCAGAUUUAUUAGCACCAAACUUACAGUAAGAAAACCACAUUUUAUAUACUUAGAUAUACAUUAAUAUUUUCAAGAGGCAAUGUUUAUCAUUAUCAAAUAGAGUAUAGUGUAUUUGGGAAAUAGAUAGCAAGUGUUAGGUUGUAUCUGGUGUAAAGGAUAAAAUAAAACAAGAGGAGACAAUCAAUCUAUCAGUCGCUCUUCAUGUUGUUUAAAUUAACUCAGAAGCAUACUUCCAAAGAUCAUAAAUUGUUCUCAUUAGGAAAUCUAUUGCAUCAUCAGGCCGUUUUUCUCUGUUUAAUGUUUUUGCAUCAGGGUGGUAGUAGGGAUGUAUAGAGAUACCAAACAAAACGUUUAAAAAAUUAGAUCUAUUUUAGGUAGUUUAGGAUACCAAAGAAAGCUUGUAGAAUUCAGAUUCCUUUUAGGUAUGUGUGUUUAUUGUGAAACAAUCAGAUCUGUAGAACUGAAUUCAUCUGUUGAGUUAAUUGAAGUAGAUAUUGAAUAAGUGAAAUAGUGAAAUAGAGCUGUUGCAAUAGAUCUGGUACAGAAAGGAGUAUAGCAGAGAAAGAGAAAUACUCCACUAUCUCUUACCCAGAGAGUUUCAAAAGAGUUCUCUUUAUCAGAGGUGGUUAAAAGCCUUUCAAAGGUGGUUGGCUAUUCUAUCAGGUCAAGAGUGUUUUGGAGAUGAGUUCAAAAUGAUCAAAGCUAUAGCAGAAAUCUUCUCUAAGCGCCAUUUGUUAAGUUUCCUAAUUGAUCCAAUUUCCAAGGAACACCUUCACCUCCAAGCUCCCUCUGGGUUACACAAUGAAGUAUGAUAUUCUAGCAACUACUGACUGAUAUCUAUAGGGUCAGCACUGUAACGGUCACUGAUAGGUAUUGCAGGUUCCAAUAUUUAUCUUAUGUUUUAUUUUUUUCACAAUUUUAUUGUAAACUACAGGUUUUAAUGUUUUAUUUUACACAUUUGUAUAUUUCCUUUUUAGCAUAUUUGGAUACCAUGUAAUAUUGCAUAUUUAGUGAGCUGUGUUACAUUCUGAUGUGCUAUUUUAUCCCAAAGUCAGUGACAUACAGAAGUUGCAGGUGUUUCAUUUGCAGAUAUUUGACUAAGGUUUAAAAAGAAAAUAUUUAUAGAUAAAUCCAAAUUAAAGUUGUGGCUCAUCAAUGAUGUCAUAUUUGAUGUUUAAGAAAGUAAUAUAACAUAUCUGUAUGAAAUGACUUAUCAGUUUUCAGUUGUAUCUUGUGCUGGUUUGUAUCAAAUAUAUCAUUGUUUUGCAAAUCGUUGUAGAAGAUUUUUUUUGUCAUGCAACUUUGUAUUGAUAUUUGUCGCUUUCAUUUGACAUCAAAUACAUUACAGAUGAGAAUAAUUGAUCUUGUCUCGUUACUACACAAGCCUAAACAGAAACAAAUUCUGUUACAUUUUCCACUGAAAUGGAAUUGUCGUUCUAGAGAGGAUGAGUGGUUGCUUAGGCUGUGGCAUAUCAGACUUGUGUGUCUGUAUACAGGACAGGGACAAACAUAUUGAUAUGUAUAGUAGACUAUUGUAAAUAGAUUUGUGGUUGAAUUUUGAAAAAUUUAAGUCUGUUACUGCUGAAGCUUAAAGCUGUAUGUAUAGAACUUGCUUCAGGUUUAGUGUAAUUCUCAGAGAUAAUAUAGAUCAGCUUGGAGAUGUGUCCACCUCACGUGCUGGUCUCUGUGUCAUAAGGUCACUUGUCUUCAGACUGCCCUGUUAGUGGUGGCCGAAGCAUGCUGUUGGUUACCAGUCUGUAAAUAUGCUUCUUAAAUAGGUUUGGCUUUUCAGAAUUUUUUUCAAAUUAGAAUAAAAAUAGUAAAAAUACAGCUAGACAUUUUCAAGGUAUUUGCAUGUGAUUCAGUUUUGCAGACAGAAUCUUAAGUAAUUUCACUUUUUUUCUCUCUUUAAAGAUAAACUUUGACGUAGUGAAGAAGUUGAUGAUCAGUCUUUCAAACAAUCUGAUCAGUCCAAUUUGAAAUUUUUAGGUAAUUUGCAAAAAAAAUAUCAGUUUACUUGAGUCUCUGUAACUUAGCUCCAAUUUUCAGUGGGUAAUAAUUAUGCAAGAUUAUACAAAACAACAUUAAAUUUUACACAGUGAACGAAUCAUGACCUCUUGUUUCCUAUUGCGAUGAGAAUGAUAAGUAUUACAGGUUGAAGUAACAAUAAAUAGUGGUAUACAGAAGUAAACUUCAUUAUGUGUUCAUGAUUUAUUUGCCAUUUUGAAUAGUGCAGGUAUUUUAGAUGUCAUUGUCAGUUGAAGGAACAUUGGUGUUUACCGAUGUGUGUAUAAAUGUUUGAAAACAAUAUUUAUUGAAGGGCUUGUUACUAUAUGUAGUUACAUAUGUCCUUGUAUUUUUGAAAACUACUUUAGUCUAGAAAGUAUCCUGUAAUACCUGGCAGUAAUUUGCCUUGUAACUGUACAAGAUUUGAUAGAUAUUUGCAUAGGUACAAUGUAUACACUCCAUUUUCCUUCAGCUUGUCUCUUUUAUAUUAAGAUUUCACCUAGACUACAGAAAGCACACCAUUUUACUCAACUAUAGACUGGGAUUGAAUCCAAAUCAAGGUGCAAUGAAGUCAGCAAGUUUUAUACUUGUAAUUUACAUAUUUCCUAAAUAUUACUGCUCACAUGAAACUCCCAAGACUAAUUUUCACAUUUCCUAAAUAUUACUGCUCACAUGAAACUCAAAGUCUAAUAUUCACAUUUCCUAAAUAUUACUGCUCACAUGAAACUCAAAGACUACUUACUGUGUAUACAUUUCAUAUGCACUUUAUCAAUGUACUGAGGAGAAUUUUGUAAAAGUCAUCUAAAUCGGGUUGAAAAUUGUGUUUGAAUUUAUCAUUCAUUGUAACCACAUUUACAGUUAUUUAUCACUGAUAUUUUGUAUGGUAAAACUUGGCACUCUCUUAGAAAUACUUGUUUACUUUAUAUGGGAAAAUGGUAUAUCAAGCGUUAAGAGACAGAUUUGUUUAUGACUGAAAAUUCUAAUCAUCUUCUCUCUAAAGAAAUCGGAGUAAACAUGAAAAUAUCUUGUACUCCAUUCUACAUAUUACUUUAAAAUAGAAGAACCAAUGAGAUUCUGCCGCUAGUAUGCCAGUAUAAGGUAAACAAGUGAUUAUAAGAAGUGGACAUUAUUAUUACUCAGAACAUUGUCUAGAGUGUUUACCAGUAGCACGGAUGGGAGAGAGCUCAUGGGGAUAUCUAUAACAGUAGAUCAAAUUGUAUUAUAUGUAGGCAAAUGCUGCCAGUAUUCAGUAAACUAUUUUAUUGUUACAUA